GUUUACUACGCCGGUACAAACUUGUUCAGGGGCUCUUACAAAAAGCUUCAUUUACGGGCGUGGGUUACUUUAAAACAGUAAAGAAUUGUUUUACUUUUUUUAAACAACCGACCUUUCCGCCACUGAAAAGAAAAAAAACUUUUGUUCUGUUGUCAAAUUAAGAGGCAAAGUCCACUAUUUAAGAGACAACGCACCUGGAGGAGCCGCACGCAAAUGGACGCGCCUGGGCUGUAAAGGCCACUUUUAUAGUAUCUUUUAUUUUAAUUUUCCUUGUUCUUCCGCUUUUUUGAGAAAAAAAAACCUAACUUCGGUUAAAACCAGGGCUUAUCGUGUUUUUUGUCAGUGAGUCAGUGAACCUAACCUAACGGACAGCAUGUUUCCCUUGGACUCUCCGUGGAACAUCUCGUUCGCCGGCUGCGGCUUCCUCGGCAUCUACCACGUCGGGGUGGCCAGCUGUCUGGUGGAGAGAGCCCCGUUCCUGGUGCACAACGCCCGGCACGUGUACGGGGCGUCCGCCGGAGCGCUCACCGCCACCGCCCUGGUGACGGGAGUCUGUCUCGGAGAUGCCGGUGCAAGCAUCAUCGAGGUUGCCAAAGAGGCCAGGAAGCGAUACCUCGGACCCAUGCAUCCUUCCUUUAACCUGAUGAAGAUCGUGCGCCACAUGCUGCAGCGCACCCUGCCAGAUGACUGCCAGGACAAGGCCAACGGGAGGCUGGGGAUCUCGCUCACCAAGGUCACAGAUGGAGAAAACGUCCUGGUGUCUCACUACGCCAAUAAAGAGGAGCUGAUCCAGGCGUGUGUCUGCAGCGCCUUCAUCCCCGUCUACUGUGGCCUCAUUCCUCCAACAUUUCAAGGGGUGCGCUACGUGGACGGAGGAAUCUCAGACAACCUGCCGCAGUAUGAGCUGAAAAACACCAUCACCGUGUCGCCCUUCUCUGGCGAGAGCGACAUCUGCCCCAGAGACUCCUCCACCAACAUCCACGAGCUGCGCUUCACCAACACCAGCAUCCAGUUCACCCUCCCCAACCUCUACAGAGUGUCCAGAGCUCUCUUCCCUCCCGACCCCAUGGUGAUGAAGGCGAUGUGUAAACAGGGAUAUAAAGAUGCUCUUCACUUUCUGGAGAGAAACAGAUUGCUUGAUUUGAAUGGACCUCUGCGAGACCGACCCCUUCUCGCCAUGGGAGAGGAAGAGGAGGAUUGUGAGGAAGAUGAGGGGGAAAACAAAACUGAGACAGAAGACGAGUCACAUGCUGAAGAGAACUCAUCGAGCGUUUACGACAGCUCAAUAGACAAGCAUAUCAUCGAAUGCCUUCCACCAAUCCUGCACAAAGCUUUAGUGGAGGCUUGCAUGGAGAGGCGGAGCCUGGUGCAGUCGCUAAGCAACCUGCUUCCCGUCAGGAUGGCGUCAGCCAUGAUGCUGCCCUACACUCUCCCGCUGGAGUCUGCCAUGUCCUUGAUUGUCAGACUUCUGGAGUGGCUGCCAGAUGUGCAGGAAGAUGUGGGCUGGAUCCGGGAGCAGAUUUUUAAAAUCUUACAGCACGUUCUUGGCCAGGCCUCCAAGAGUUUUUCUCAACGUGUAUCUGCCAGGUUGUUCUGCCAGCUGGAGCUGCACCACUACCGAUCCCUUCCAUCCAGGUCCUGCUCAGCCGGGUUGUUCCCCGCCUGGGUGAGCGGGAGCAGCUCCUCACUGCAGGAUGUCUUCGUGCGUCUUGAUCAGUACAAGAAGCAGCUGUUGUCUGGAGUUUUUUGUAUCAACAUGGACCUUCAAGGCUCCUUUAAAACUGGAAUCCCGUCACCAAAGAGCAGCCAUCCGCCUGCUGUCUCCCAGAAAGACUUGACCAUCAGCAGAGAUCCUCUUGACACCCCGCAAUGUGGCAACUCUGGUAAAACACAGACGACAUCCAAGACCUUGGUAGCGGGGUGCUGAACUAUUUGAACACAUUUCAACCAGAUUUUUUGUUUGUUUCUGAUCAUCCCCUUUUGUAAAGUGUCUGGAAAAGUGUUGAUUCACUUUACUCACGAUGGGGGGGGGGGGUGUUAUUUUUGGACCAAUGCUCGGCUCCAAACUUAGUCUCUAGCGUCAGCACAGUCAGGCGGUCUGUCGUUAGUCCACGAUGUGCAUCCAAGCUUCGAAUGUGUGCGCUGUCAUGCACUAACCCGGGUGACAGGAAGUCUGAAAUAGAAAUGCAGAUUUAAAGUAGCACGGUAAGAAGAGAACAUGUUUACGUCAGGCUGGGGGUGGAGCAGUUUUCCUGCUUUCAGUUAUAUCUGGUACGUGAGAAACGCAGGAUGAGAUGGAAGACAGUGGAGGUGGUUUGUUACAAGAAGUUACUCCAUUUAGGUAACGCAAAAGUCAGUGCAGUAUUAUGGGAAGAAAGGAUUGUUUAGGCCGAUGUAUUUAAUGUAGCAUCAAUUAUUUAAGUGUUAAUGCAAAGUAAUGUUGCACAAAAUAUGGUUAUAGCGUGAUUUACAAAAUACUUUCAACUUAAGAAUGCAUUUUAAAUGUGUUGUUUUGAAUUGCUGAAGAGAUCUUUAAAAGAAAUUUCAGUUUAAUACUUGUGAUUUUAUAAUGAAUCAUAAAACAGGUUUGAUUAUACAAUGACCAAGCUGUUCAGAUGCCUCUCUUGUACUGUGUCCUAUGUUUCAGUUGUGUGAUCAACUCUUUCGUUGCGCCUCGAACGUCAACGCUAUGAUUGCCAAGUAAAUGUAAAGUGUUGAAAAUGUCGUAUUUAUAUGAUCUUGACAUAAAAUAAAGUGGUACUGAUCUAA